AUGGAUGCUGGCAAGGCCCGUGGGCCUGUGUUGGAGGGAGCCCACCACAGGCUUUUCUCCAGGGCCAGCAGAGAAGGGGACAGGGCGAGCCCUGGCUCCUGGCACCACAUGGCGAGUGGCCAAGCCCAGAGCGGUGCUCUCCUCCUCCUGCUCGCUGCCCUGCCCCAGCUGCUCAGCGCUCUGCUAAAACCUCUGCUCCGACGCCCAACGCAAAUGUGGGUCCCCAGCCGCCUUCGCAGCUCCGCGUUCCCGGCCCCGCCUCUCCCCGGGCCGUCACGGGCUUGGCGCAGGCGCGGCUCGGCCAUGGCGGCGGCCGUGGAGCGGCGCCUUGCUCAGUUCCGCGCCGCCCGCGGCAGAGCUACAGCUGCUCCGCGUCCAGCCGAGCCGCCGGGAAAGGCCGCGGCUCCGGAGGCCGCCGAGGGACCGCGGGCAGACGCGGAGGGCCCGGGCGGCAGCGCUCAGGUCCGGCCCGGCGCGGCGGCGGCUCCGGUGUGGGCGCGCCCGCUGCUGCUGAAGGUGCUGCUGUGGGCCGUGCUGCUGGCGCUGUUCGCGGAGCUGGAGCUCGGGCUGCCUUAUUUCGUCCUCUCCCUGCUCUACUGGAUGUACGCCGGCACCCGCGGCCCCGCCGAGCGGCGGCCCGGCGAGCUCAGCGCCUACUCCGUCUUCAACCCCGGCUGCGCCGCCAUCGCCGGGACGCUGACGGCCGAGCAGCUGGAGCGGGAGCUGCACUACCGGCCCGCCGCGGGCAGGUAGCGCCGGGCCCGGCGGGGACUGCGCUGUGCUGGGCCGGGACAGCCGCCGCGCCCGGCCGGCCCCGCUGCCGCCGCCCCGAGGAAGGGCCGGGGCUUGGGGGAAUGAAAUGUGAUUUGUUCCUUUGCAGAAAAACACCUGAGCCUUACUGCUGGCCCCGUGCCCCACGGCGCCGGCCGGUCCCGAAUAAAGCCGUAGCAAAGCCUG